CAGCUGAUUUUGUAAUUUUGAAAAAGUCAAAACAAAGCCCCGGUGUUUUCUUAGGUUUAAAAUGCGAUUUAAAAGAACAAUAUCACCUUCAAAUAAAAAUAUAUAUAAAGCUUGUGCACUAUGUCGAAGUUUUUGCAGUGAUGUUUUUCCUCUAAGUGAAGUAAAAAUAAUCAGAAAAACUAAAGAAAGUUCGAAAAAUGAAGAAGUUACUAAAAAAAUACCAAAUGAUAGUGAUGAGUUUAGGGUAAAUGCUGUCAAUAUACAGAUGAUUUCAAAAAAUAUCUACAAGCAGCUUUUUAAGGACCCUCCGACUGAAAUAGAUCCAAAUGUGAUUAAAAGUUGCCAAGCACAUCUCUUACACCAUGGUAUCAAUUAUAAAGAAUAUAAUAAGCUGCCAGAUGUUAAAUUAAACUUGCCAAAACUGGAAGGCAAAGAUAUUGUAGAACACUUUUACAACAUUGGAAAGAAACAAUCUGACCCUUACAAGAAGUUGUUACAUAUAUUGGCAACAAACAAGCUGCCAGAAUUACCAAAGAUAUGGUUAAAAAGUCAAGGUUGGACUAAAUACACACUAGAAGGCCCCAAAUCAGUUCCAUGCCCACCAGAUGACAUCUUGAUUUUUGAUGUUGAAGUGCUGAUGGCUGCUGGUAAAAGGCCAACGCUGGCUUGUGCAGUAUCUACUGAUGCAUGGUACAGCUGGGUAAGUGAACCGGUAGCCAGUGGCAAGGCUCAUGAAACUUUUAGUGAAGUAAAUUAUGAAGACCUAAUUCCUUUAGAAACAGAUGGACACAAACCAUGCGGUGAUUUGAAUAGGCCCAGGAUAGUUGUGGGACAUAAUGUGUCGUAUGAUAGAGCGAAGAUUAAGGAGCAAUACUGGCUGGAGAGGACUGGUGUGCGUUUCAUGGAUACAAUGUCAAUGCACACAUGUGUGAGUGGAGUGACGAGUUACCAACGCACCGUGUUGAAGGCCAAGAACAAAGAGCCCGAUCCUGCUGACGAUGAUUGGAUAGAAAUUAGCUCACUAAAUAGCCUUUCUGAGGUCCACAAGCUCUAUUGUGGUCAGCCAAUCGACAAGCAAACCCGGGAUAUCUUCGUGGAAGGCACAUUGGAGGACGUGCACAAUAACUUCCAAACGCUUAUGAGUUAUUGCGCCGGUGACGUCAUCGCAACUCAUAACGUACUGCGGGAGUUAUACCCGAUGUUUCUGGAAAGAUUUCCUCAUCCUGUUACAUUGGCUGGGAUGUUAGAAUUAGGUACAGCAUACUUACCCGUAAACUCGAACUGGACGCAAUACAUUGAUUCAGCAGAAACCGUCUUCAAUGAUUACAAGCUGGAAUCCCAACAGUUACUAUCCCUGAAAGCAGACGAAGCCUGCCGACUCAUGGAAAAUGAAGAAUAUAAAAAGGACCUUUGGAUGUGGGAUGAGGAUUGGUCUACACAAACGUUAAAACUCAAAAAGUCCACAUCGAAAAAGACUGAAAUGCGUGAAGACAUAAUACUUGACAAACAAAUAAAAACUCAAGAUAAUUUUGAAACGUUGAGCGAACGUUAUAUAGAGAGCUUGGGAGCAAAUAACGGAGUUAAAGUUACGGUUCGAGAAGAAUUAGUUAAAAAGUUUCAAUAUUUAUAUGAUUUACGAAGUUCAUUACCGGUGAAAAGGCCGUAUUUAGCCGGAUAUCCGGCGUGGUACAGGAAACUGUGUACAAAGCCAGGGAAGGAUCCUGAUUGGUCACCUGGAGCCAAUAAUAUCACUACAAGUAUGCAGAUAACUCCAAAACUCCUCCGUUUAUCGUGGGAAGGGUAUCCCCUCCACUACAUCAAGGGGGAAGGCUGGGGAUUCCUCGUUCCCUACAGUAGAACUAGGGGAGAACUAGAGGAGGGGGAAGUUCCAUUGCCCUUGGAAACGUUGUUAUCUUCCUGUCCCAUUGUUACGUGUAAGGGGACAGAAGUUAGUGCCGAUACGUAUGUUUUGCCGAAAACUGUUGAGGAGGAUCUCAGCAAGCGAGCGUAUUAUGCGAGAAAAAGAAAGCUGGAACAAGCAACAGCCAACCAGUACCAUGGUUUGGGAGUUUGGACUGGCAUAGGGAUACAAGGAUGUUGUCAUUUUCUCCGCUUGCCACACAAGGAUGGUGCUAAAUACAAAGUCGGCAAUCCAUUAGCGCGGGAUUUCUUAAACAUGUUCAGCCAAAACGUUCUCUCAGCGCAGGGCAAUGAUGCUGAAAAGGUACUAACAUACGGCAGAAUGAUGUCCUACUGGCGUAACAACAGAGAGCGGGUUAUGGGACAGCAAGUGGUGUGGUUGCCGGAGGACGUUCUGCCGGAACAUCUGAGGGGGAGUCUGAGGAGAUACGGUGCUAUCAUACCGCAGGUUGUGGUGUGCGGUACGCUUACUAGACGAGCCAGCGAGCCCACCUGGAUGACGGCCAGCAACGCGACGGCGGAGCGCAUCGGCUCCGAGCUGCGCGCGCUCGUGCAGGCGCCGCCCAACUACCGCUUCGUUGGCGCUGAUGUGGAUUCACAGGAGUUGUGGAUAGCGGCGUUGCUAGGCGACAGCGGCACGCGGCUGUGCGGCGGCAGCGCGUUCGGGUGGGCCGUGCUGGCCGGCCACCGCGCCGCCGCCACCGACCUGCACUCGCUCACGGCGCGCGCCGCGCACGUGCAGCGCGACCACGCCAAGGUCAUCAACUAUGCCCGGAUAUAUGGGGCCGGACAAAACUUCGCUGAACGAUUGCUGAAACAGUUUAACCCCACUAUGACAAUGUCAGAAGCGAAGAGCAAAGCUGCCAAAAUGUUCUCAACAACGAAAGGUAGAAGGGUGUAUACAUUGAAGAAGAAAUAUAUGUUGGGGCUUAUGGACGAAGAUAUUGAAGACCAGAAAGUCGAAAUGACAGCUUAUCAAGCGAUGCGGCUAGCCAAGAUGAGCGGCAAACAAGUUGAAGACAUGUUCGAGAGGCCUCGUUGGGUGGGCGGCACUGAGUCAUGCAUGUUCAACAAACUUGAAGAUAUUGCGGACUCCAUGGAGCCAAAAACAGCGUUCCUCGAGGGGCGCUUGUCGCGCGCGCUCGAGCACAGCGCGGGCCGCUGGGGGGGGACCCGCCUCAACUGGGCCGUUCAGAGCGCCGCCGCUGACUUCCUGCACUUGAUGCUGGUCAGCAUGACGCACUUGGCGCCGAAGGCCAGAUUCUGUCUAAGUUUUCAUGAUGAAGUGCGUUACUUGGUGCCUGAAGAACAUAAAUACGAAACGGCGCUUGCUCUACAAAUCACAAAUUUAUUUACAAGAGCAUUUUGUUCGCAAAGAGUUGGUAUAAAGGAUUUACCACUAUCCGUUGCAUUUUUUACUUCUGUUGAUGUGGAUCAAGUCUUACGUAAGGAAUCAAACCUAAGUUGUAUGACACCUUCUAAUCCGCAUGGUUUAGAAAAUGGAUACGGCAUACCUAAUGGAGAAUCAUUGACAAUAUUUGAUGUACUUGAUAAAUGUAAAAUAAAGAAAGAAUGAUAUUUU